AUGCAUAACUACUACCCAGGCAGCCUGUUUCUCACCUGGGUGAGUUAUUACGAGAGCCACAUCAACUCAGAUCAGUCGUCAGUCAAUGAAUGGAAUGCUAUGCAGGAUGUGCAGUCCCACCGGCCUGACUCUCCAGCUCUCUUCACAGACAUACCAACUGAACGUGAGCGAACAGAAAGAUUAAUUAAAACCAAAUUAAGGGAGAUAAUGAUGCAGAAGGAUUUGGAGAAUAUCACAUCCAAAGAGAUACGAACUGAGUUGGAAAUGCAAAUGGUGUGCAACUUACGAGAAUUCAAGGAAUUUAUAGAUAAUGAAAUGAUAGUGAUCCUUGGUCAAAUGGAUAGCCCUACACAGAUAUUUGAGCAUGUAUUCUUGGGCUCAGAAUGGAAUGCCUCUAAUUUAGAGGAUUUACAGAACCGAGGGGUACGGUAUAUCUUGAAUGUCACUCGAGAGAUAGAUAACUUCUUCCCAGGAGUCUUUGAGUAUCAUAACAUCCGAGUAUAUGAUGAAGAGGCGACGGAUCUCCUGGCUUACUGGAAUGACACUUACAAAUUCAUCUCUAAAGCAAAGAAGCAUGGCUCCAAAUGCCUUGUGCACUGCAAAAUGGGGGUGAGUCGCUCAGCCUCCACUGUGAUUGCCUAUGCAAUGAAGGAGUACGGCUGGAAUCUGGACCGGGCCUAUGACUAUGUGAAGGAGAGGCGAACAGUGACCAAGCCCAACCCCAGCUUCAUGAGACAACUGGAAGAGUACCAGGGGAUCUUGCUGGCAAGCAAACAGCGGCAUAACAAGCUCUGGAGAUCUCACUCAGAUAGCGACCUCUCAGACCACCAUGAACCCAUCUGCAAACCAGGGCUAGAACUCAACAAGAAGGAGAUCACCACCUCAGCAGACCAGAUUGCCGAGGUGAAGACCAUGGAGAAUCACCCACCCAUACCUCCUGUCUUUGUGGAACAUGUCGUCCCACAAGAUGAAAAUCAGAAGGGCCUGUGUACCAAAGAAAGAAUGAUUUGCUUGGAGUUUACUUCAAGGGAAUUUCAUGCAGGACAGAUUGAAGAUGAAUUAAAUCUAAAUGACAUCAAUGGAUGCUCAUCAGGGUGUUGUCUCAAUGAAUCAAAAUUCCCUCUUGACAACUGCCAUGCAUCCAAAGCCUUAAUCCAACCUGGACAGGCCCCAGAAAUUGCCAACAAGUUCCCAGACUUAACAGUGGAAGAUUUGGAGACAGAUGCUCUGAAAGCAGAUGUGAACGUCCACUUACUGCCUUUGGAAGAAUUAACAUCUCGCCUGAAAGACAUUCCCAUGUCCCCUGAUCCUGAAUCACCGAGCCCCCAACCUAGUUGUCAGGCUGAAGUCUCAGAUUUCAGUACAGAUCGCAUUGAUUUUUUUAGCGCCCUAGAAAAGUUUGUAGAGCUUUCCCAAGAAACCCGGUCCCGAUCUUUUUCCCACUCAAGGAUGGAAGAACUGGGUGGAGGAAGGAGUGAGAGCUGUCGACUCUCAGUGGUAGAAGUAGCCCCUUCCGAAGGGACCACUGAUGACCAGAGAAGCAGCUCUUUGAGUAAUACUCCCCAUGCAUCUGAAGAAUCUUCAAUAGAUGAGGAACAGUCAAAGGCAAUCUCAGAACUGGUCAGCCCAGACAUCUUCAUGCAAUCUCACUCAGAAAAUGCAAUUUCAGUCAAAGAAAUCAUUACUGAGAUUGAAUCCAUCAGUCAAGGAGUCGGACAGAUUCAACUGAAAGGAGACAUCUUAUCUAACCCAUGUCAUACACCAAAGAAGCACACCAUCCAUGAGCUGCCCCUUGAGAGGGCUCAGGCCCUGGAGAACAAACCUGGAAAUCUGGAGCAGAAUGAGGGUUCCUUCACAGCCCAGCCUGAACUAGCCAAAGACUCAGGGAAGUGGGACCUAGAAGGCUGCUUAACUAUACACUCAUCCACCACAGAGUUGGAAGAAGAGGAACCAGCUGAGGAGGAACAAGAGCUCUGGGGCCCAGGAAUGCAUCCAGGUGCCAAGUGGUACCCUGGGUCUGUGAGGCGAGCUACCUUGGAGUUUGAAGAGCGCUUGCGACAGGAGCAAGAGCACCAUGGUGCUGCCCCUGGUUGUACCUCAUUGUCCAUUCGCAAGAAUUCCAAGAAUGAUUCUGCUGUGGCAGACCUAGCACCAAAAGGAAAGAGUGAUGAAGCUACCCUUGAACAUUCUUUUGUCCCUAAGGAACCAGAGAUUAGCAAGGGCAAAGGGAAGUGCAGUGGGUCCAAAGCUGGCUCCCUACCCCAUUCUGAGCAAGAUGCCAUUGUUCCAGCACCUGAGCUGCUGGAGUUUCAGGAGCACCCAGGGUCAGAUACUAGUACAAAGCAGGGAGGAGUCCUGAAGGAGCAGAGGACUGUGGUUUCAUGCCAGGGAUCUGAGACACAGGCAGUCCCUCUUUCCCUUCCCAAAAAGGUGGAAAUCAUUGAGUAUACCCACACAGUUACAUCCCCCGAUCACCCUGGGCCAGGGAGUGGAAGAGCCACCAGCAAAAAGAGUGGGGAGCAAGGACUGAGGAAAGUGAAAGUGGAGGACUCCAUCACCAUCCUCUGUGCACUGGAUGAAAAUCUGAACAGGACUCUGGGCCCCGCCCAGGCUCACCCCAACGUGCUACCUCUGCCUCAUUCUUCCCCUCCUGAGCACGACAGUCCCACCGACCUGACCUCCACCCUGAGCAGCCCUGAAGCCUGGGACAACAGCCUCUUGACAGCCCCGGAGACAGGAGGGCCUUUUGUCAGUCACCCAACCCACAUCCCAUCUGCCAGCUUGGAUUCAGCACAUCCGCAGACUGUAGUUCACCUGGAAGGCUUCACAGAGCAAAGCAGCACCACAGACAACGAGCCCUCUUCAGAGCGGGGGAGCUGGGAAGAAAGUCAGGAGGGCCCCUUUUCCAGUGGCAGUGAAGUACCGUCCAAGGACCCCCAGUUAACUAGUGAAGACCUAAGCCAAAUCAGUGACAAUAUUGGGGAGUUACAAGAAAAACUGGACCCAUUACCUGUAGCCUGUCACCUCCCACAUAGCUCUAGUAGUGACAGUAUAAAGGGUCUCAGCCAUAGCCCCAGCGUGGUGAAGGAGCGCACUAAAGAAAUCGAGUCCCGAGCGAUUUGCCAGGGAGGGCUCACCAAACCAUCCCAAAUGAGGCAUUCUGCUGCGCUCGCCAAGUUAGGUUACUUGGACCUCUGUAAAGACUGUUUAUCGGAGAGAGAGCCUGUCUCCUCUGAUACCCCUCAUCUCAAACUGCUUCAGCCCUUCAUCAGAACAGACUCAGGCAUGCAUGCCAUGGAGGCCCAGGAGCCCUCAGAAAACCCAGAUGCCCCCCAGAACCUAGAACCCACCAAGUAUUUUAUAGAGCAACUCAAAACAACAGAGUGUAUCGUGCAGAGCAAGCCAGUGGAGAAGCCCAUCGUACAGUAUGCCAAAGAAUUUGGUUACAGUCAGCAGUGUUUGCUCCCCAGGGCAGGACCCGAAUUGACUAAUUCUGAAGGAGGCCUUCCUUUGCCACAACCCCAGGGGCUGCAGUGUGCAGGCCCAGCUCCAGGGCUGGCUGUGACGCCCCGUCAGCAGCACGGCAGAACUCACCCCCUUAGGAGACUGAAAAAAGCAAAUGAUAAAAAACGGACAACCAACCCCUUCUAUAAUACCAUGUGA